AUGGCCAGAAGGAGUCCGGGUCCGUGGUUUGCGCUCUGGGUUGGCUUGGUGCUGGCGGUGGACUUUGGCUUUGGCGAAGGGCAGGAGAAAAAACCCUUCGGUGAAACGUGCCUGGAGGACUUUACGGCAGGGGUGCCGGAUUUGGUGCUGGAUACAGACGCCUCCGUCCAGAAUGGAGCCACCUUCUUGUCGUCCCCCAUGGUCCAUCGGAGCAGGGACUGCAUGAGAGCCUGCUGUAAGGAACCGGCUUGUAAUCUGGCUCUUGUGGAGCAGGUCCCAGGCACGGAGGAAGAUCACAUCCAGGGCUGCUUUCUUCUCAACUGCCUCUACGAGCAGGCUUUUGUCUGCAGGUUUGCCAGGAAGAUCGGCUUUCUCAACUUCUUGAAGAAGGACGUGUAUGAUUCCUACCUGGCAAUGCAGAAUCACGGAUCUAGUGAUGACCAUCCUCCAGUAGCCCGCACUGGCGUGGACAUGAGGGUACAGCCGGGAGAGCCAGUGAUGCUGAGAGGCACAGAGAGCACAGAUGACCGAGGGAUAGUCAGCUAUGAAUGGAAACAGGUCCUCGGUGACCCCUCCGUGGAGAUGAAGAAGCAUGAAGAAGAUCAGGUAGAAAUUUCCAACCUACAGGCUGGGACUUACGUCUUCCAGCUUACUGUCACAGACACUGCACAACAGCAAGACUUCACCAACAUCACCAUCAUGGUGCUGAAUUCUGAGCAGACUGAAGAGCAUUGUUUGACUCCUAAGAAGGUGGGUUGGUGUCGGGGAUCUUUUCCACGUUGGUUUUACAACCCGAGCCUUCAGCAGUGUGAGGAGUUCAUUUUUGGUGGCUGCAAGCCCAACAAGAAUAACUACUUACGGGAAGAGGAGUGUAAACUUGCCUGCAAGAAUGUUAGAGGUUCUGUUGGUGGGCGACAACAGCCAGUGUGCAAUGGGAACUGUCAGCCCCCCUUCUUCAGAUGCAAAGAUGGCUGCUGCAUUGAUGCCUAUCUGGAGUGUGAUGAGACUCUCGACUGUGCUGACGGAUCAGACGAGAUGUAUUGUGAACAAUAUGCUCGUGAAUUCAAUAGACUGCAGAAAAUCAAUGUCACACAUAAGCAAGCUCACUGUGUGGACUUGCCUGAUACUGGACAGUGCACCGAGAGCAUCCCCCGCUGGUACUAUAACCCAUUCUCUGAGAAAUGUGACCCCUUCACCUACGGAGGCUGUGGUGGCAACAACAACAACUUUGAAGAAGAGGAAGAGUGCAUGAAAUCAUGUACAGGAAUCACAAAAGCAGAUGUCAUUGGCCGGAGAUGGGAAUCAUUUGAGUCCCAAAGUGCUAUCUUAAGUGCCUUUGAGGUAGUGCUUGCCGUGCUCCUGGGGAUCUGCAUCAUGGUGGUCCUGGCAAUCAUCGGCUACUUCUUCCUGAAGAACUGGAAGAAGAACAGCCGCCGCCACCAGCCAACCACUGCUACCAACUCAACCCUCUCCACCACAGAGGACACUGAGCAUCUGUUUUACAGCAGUACCACCAAACCAGUCUGACCUACAGCCUCUCGCUCUCCACUGCAGCACUGGGGCACUCUCCAAAACUUCUGGUGUUCUGUUUUUAGACACUGGCCUGUGCCUGAAGGACUCUUUCUCUUUGAAGACAUUUGUAGCAUCAGGCCAAGAUCUAGCCAUGAUUUGGCAGUACUAGUGUUUGUGUUUGUCUUGGCUAAAUGGCUGCUCUGGAAAGUGAGGAUCUGGAAGCAU